AGUCCUCUUUCUCUCCAAAAACAUUCUCCAUGUCAAUCUCUAGUCUCUCAAAUCUCUAUUCCUCUUCCCUUUCUCCACAUUCUCUUCAUCUCUUCUCUCACUCCAAAUCUCACCCUUAUCUCCUCCUCAGAGUCUCCUCAUCACCUCCAAUUUCUGCUCCAAAAUUGCCCAGAUUGAGAACCCUAACCACCAGGGCUUCUAUUAGUAGAGCUGAAAAGCAUGCCCAUGAAGCAGAGAAGGAGUCGGUGGUGGAGGACUUGGGAGAAGAUGGGGAUGUUUACAGGAAGACCUUGCGGCUUGUUGAAUGCGCCAUGUUUGCCUCUGUUGCUGGGCUUGCUUAUUUGUUGAGCAAUUCACUCGCCAUUGAGAAUUACUUCGGUUGUUUCUUCUCAUUGCCAAUAGUCAUUUCUUCAAUGAGGUGGGGUUUGGCGGCUGGCAGAAAGACCAUGGUGGCUACAACCAUGCUAUUGUUCACUUUAUCUGGUCCAGUUAAGGCGUCUACCUAUAUGCUUAUGCAUGGAUUAGUUGGUCUUGCCAUGGGUUCUCUAUGGAGAUUGGGUGCAAAUUGGGGUCUUUCGAUUGUACUCUGCACAAUUGUUCGUGCAUUGGGUGCUAUCGGCUAUGUCUUAGUAUCCUCAUUCUUAAUACGAGAAAACAUUCUUGAGUUGAUCACCAUUAACAUUCAUGCUUCACUCACAUAUAUCCUAAUGGCCGUAGGAGUGAAUGCCAUUCCAUCCAUGGAUGCAAUAUAUGGAAUAUUUGGAACUCUGCUUCUUCUCAACUGUGGAUUUUUCGUAUUCUUGUUGCAUAUUCUAUACGCCGUCUUCCUUACAAAACUCGGGAUGAAGGAUUCUUUGUCGUUUCCACAAUGGUUAGCGAAGGGAAUAUGACGACAAAUCGGUCAUUUUUCAUUGUUUUAUUGUUGUACAUUUUGACAAUGUUUUAUUAGUCCAUAAUUUACAGUUUACAGAGAAAUAGAGGACCUGCAAUGCAGAUCUACCAGUGAAAUAUAUAUACAUAUCAUUCA